CGCAACUUCGAUACCUCCGCGCAAAGCAAAGCUCUUGACGAACAUCACGUCCUGCACUUCAGCACAGAAGAGGACAAUCUGAAAUCUGCAGCGACAGACGCUUAACACGUUCUCUGCGCGUUCUUCGACUUCUUCUAAUAACUUCCUACAAACAUCGCGGCAAAGAUGUCGGACCCAGAGCCUAAGGUUGAGGAGGAGACCAUGACGGCUGAGGAUGAGACGAACGAAGAGGAUGAGAUAUCAGCAAUGAAGCGCCGCGUUGCGGAGAUGGAAGAGGAGGCAGCCAAGCUCAGGGAGAUGCAGGCGACACUGGACCAACAGAGUAAUGACUUGCGAGAGGACAAGGAAGACAUCGACUCAAGAAGCAUCUUCGUCGGCAACGUCGAUUACUCUGCAUCACCCGAGGAGAUCCAGGCGCACUUCCAGAGCUGCGGCUCCAUCAACCGUGUUACCAUUCUGCUGGAUAAGUUCACCGGCCAUCCCAAGGGGUAUGCGUACGUGGAGUUCACUGAACCAAGCCUGGUUGCGCAAGCUCUCGUCUUGAAUGAGAGUGUCUUCCAUGGACGUAACCUGAAGGUCGUUCCCAAGCGUACCAAUAUCCCAGGUAUGACCCGUGGGCGAGGCAGAGGCGGCAUGAGAGGUGGACGUGGCUACGGUGGACGCGGAGGAUACCCACCCCGAGGAGGAUACCGCGGCGGUUAUCGAGGUCGUGGUCGGGGUUACGCGCCAUAUUGACCGUUGGAUGGUUAUGGGUGGAUUCAAAAAAAACAAAAUGUAGGGUAAUUUGGAGAUGAGCGACAGUGGCACACAUGCGUUGAUUUACACCGCAAUAGCAAGAUUUUCACCCCAUGCCUGGACUUGGAAUCUGGAGUCAACUCAUGAGAAAGACCUUUGCAAACUGGGCACG